CAUGGGGAUGAAGGCUCUGUAACCCGCCGGCUCCGCGCCCUCGGUGCAGGUCAGGGCUCAGCCCGGGGAUUUCCUUUCAAAGGUGACUUAGACCCGCUUGAUUAGGAUAGCGCCCUCCCGGGCGGGUCCUAAUGGCGUGUUUGGCAGAGUCAGCGAAACGCGGCGCCCAGCGGAUCGGGCGGCGAGGGAGCGCCCUCUCCCGCGCCCUCGCCCUCGCCCUCUCCCGCGCCAGGCAGCGGCGCGCACGGGGCCAUUUGCAGCGCAGGCAGCCUCGCGAGCAGCCGCGGAGCGCGGGCCGGAGGGAGGCGGCACCAUGGAGCUGAAGAAGGACAGCAACGCUGUGUCCAUCGACAUGCUGCUGAUCGUGCACUCGGAGAAGCGGCGCGCCGCGCAGGGCAAGCUCUUGGACCCGCAGGCGGACCCUGGCGCGCUGCGGCAGCGCCGAGGAGGAUUCCAAGGUGUCGGAAACGGAAUCCGGAAAUGGCAGAAAUUAGAAGGAAAUGACUUUCAUGGAAACGUGGCACAGAAGCAGCAUCCUCAGCAGCCCCAGGUCAUCACUUCCUAUGACAACCAAGGGACACAGUUGACUGUAGAGGUGCACCCCCAAGACUCCAUGCCUCAGUUUCUCAAGAAGUUCUCCUUGGCUAAACGUUUGCAAGGUGAUAAAAAUGGAAACAUGAGACCCCGCCAGCCUGGAGGGAAAGAUGCCCAUGCCUACCCUUGGGACAGGUCCAGUCUGAAAUCCAUGCCCCUGGACCUGCAGCAGUUUGAAAAACUAGACACCUAUGCUUCACAGGUGACGGUCAAAAGUGGCCUUGAUGAGCUGGUGAGUGACCUGCUCCAGGAAGCCCACAGUGAUCUGGAAAGAGUCCGUGCCAUCUGGAUCUGGAUCUGCCACCACAUAGAGUAUGAUGUCGAGGCUGCCCAGGAGAAAGACCGCCAGGCCUUCAAACCCACUGACAUCCUACGAACACAGAAGACCAAUUGUGAUGGCUACGCUGGCCUCUUUGAAAGAAUGUGCAGGAUCGCUGGUGUACAGUGCAUGACGGUGCCUGGGUACUCUAAGGGCUUUGGCUACCAGACUGGGCAGAGUUUCACUGGAGAGUUUGACCAUGCCUGGAAUGCUGUGUUCCUGGAGGGGAGAUGGCACCUGCUGGACAGCACCUGGGGCAGUGGCCUGGUGGACACGGCCACAUCCAAAUUCACCUUCCUCUACAACGAAUUCUACUUCCUCACACAUCCUGCACUGUUCAUUGAGGACCAUUUCCCAGACAACAAGAACUGGCAACUGCUGAAACCUCCCCAGUCUCUGAGGCAAUUUGAGAACAACAUGUAUCACAAGAGUGAAUUCUACAACAAGGGGAUGCUGAGUGCCCACCCAGAUACUUCCAUGAUCCGAACAGUGAAUGGGAAGGCCACAGUCUCCAUUGAGAGCUGUGCUCCAACACUGUUCAUGUUUAUGCUCAAUGGCAAGCAGGAACAUGGGCUGCUGAGCCUCAGGAAGAAUGGGAUGAAACUGGAGGUGUAUCCCCCAACCAUGGGCACCCACAAGCUGCAGAUCUUCGCCAAAGGUAACUCUGACAUCUACAGCUCAGUGCUGGAGUACACACUCAAGUGCAACUACGUGGACCUGGGUGUCCGACUGCCAGCUGAGCUUCACCAGCCGGUGGGCCCCAGCUGGUUCUCAGAGCAGAUGGGCAUCAUGAAGCCCUCCCACCCUGACCCAAUCAUCCACACCACUGAUGGACGCUGUUCCAUCAGCUUUGGUGUGGAGGAGGGCAUCAGCGUCCUAGCGUCUCUACAUGGAGACGAUGGCCCCAUCACCGAGGAGACACAACGACGCUACAUCUUCCAGCUGCAUCGAGAGAAGCGGACAGAGUUGAAAGUCCAGCUGCCGCAGGCCGGCAAGUUUGCCCUGAAGAUCUUUGUGAAGAAGAGACAGGAACAAGGCAAUUACAUCUUUGUCUUCAACUACCUCCUGUGCUGCACCAACACCAAGGUGAACUGGCCCAUGUUCCCCGAGAGCUUUGGCAACUGGGGGCAGAACAAUGAGCUGCUGGAGCCUCUGUCGGGCGUGCUUCCUGCCAAUCGGAAUGUUCCAUUCAAACUGAAGCUGCAUGGUAUCGCCAAAGCCCUGGUGAAGGGGCAGGACACAUGGCCCUUGACCUUGAACCACGAGGGCUACUGGGAGGGCAGUUGCAGCACUGCUGGCUGCCAAGAAGUCUAUGUCAUGGUGCUGGAGAAUGCUAACCACAACUUCUACUCCUACAUCCUGAAGUACCAAGUCAAUGCUGAAUGAAGGCCUGCAUCCCAUCCUCACACUCUCCCUGAGGCCCAAGGGAAGUGCAGAAAGCCCUGGACACCAUUGAUCUGCAUGAAAUCACUUCUAGGCCUCUGCCUCAGUCUCCCUGCUACUGCAGGCUCUAAAUGUUUGUAUUCUAAAGGCUUCACUCAGUGUGGCCAUGGCUGAAGGGACAGAGACAAAGGCCCUUUAGAAGAAAAAGGUGCUAUGUAAAUCCAAGGUAUUGUGAACUGUACGCCAGUGCCCAGAUGCCCCAUUAGGAAUUAGUAUCAGUGCUGUUGUUGUUGUUGUAUGGUUGGUGUGGAAAAGGAGGGAUAUCAUCCAGGCUGAAAGCUUAGACAUGAUGCUUAGAGAACUGUCCCUGCCACAGAGGAGCUGAGUCACCUUUGAACCUGAGAGCCCCUUCCAAGUAGUGCACAGUGUUUCCCACAAUUCCUGGAUCCCAGGGAUGUUGGAUCUGACCAUCUUCCACAUUCCUGCUGCCUCUUCAUUAGCCACUUUCUACUCUUCAAAAACCCUGGAAAAAAACAAGGUGUUGAGAAGAAGCUAGCUGUCCCAUUUCUGGCUGGAGGCUCAGCAUCUCCCAUCCCUUUGGGUAGCCAGGAUGUGAUAACAAGAGCACAAAGCAGCCAGUGUGCACCCAUGGGUGUCCUGGGCGGGGGCCUGGGGAUCAAUGGCACUGAAGGAUGUCCUGCAACCUGAGUCUAAGGCUGAAAGGUCCCUGAUGCAGUACUCCUUCCUGUGUUCAGCCUGUAGCCUGAGGAUACCCUCCUGGCCUUCCUAGGAGCUGAGCCCAGGGCCUGGCCUCACCUGCACUGGGUUCUCCAAACACCUCCAGGCCUGUCAAGGAUCCUGAUUGGUAACCCUGAACAGAUAACCUGGCCCUGGGUAGAGAGAUGAGGUGAGUGAACAGUGAGACAGCAGCAGUGCUGGAGAUACCCCUGUUAAUGGGGCUUUGCCUACUCCCAGGGUCCCUACCAAUGAAGCCAGGCUGGGGGGACCAUCACCUGCUGGGAGCAAUUUUUGUGCUGGUCCCUCAGAAAAGUCUGUCCCAUCUCCCUUCCUGUCUUUCUCUGAGAUGAGAAACACCACCUCUCCCGAAUCUAUGUCUAUGUCCCCUUCUGUGAGGACAGUUUGGGGCCCCUUGCUUGCUCAGGCCUGUCCCAAGAAGCCUCAGCUGCCCAACUCACCCCAGGCAGCACCUGAGGCUGGCGUUGCCAUAGCAAUAGUGGAAAGACAAGCUGCUGGGAGGAGAGGACUGAGACAGACAGGCCACUGCCACACCAUUCUGGCACAUAGACACACUCCGGGUGGUGCCUGCCAAACUCCUGGGUCCUUCUACUCUGCUCCCCCUGCCUAUCUCAGGGUACCCAUCCCUGAGAGCUGGCAGUGCCUUGCCUCUCCCUGAUGGAUUCUCCAUGUGCCCACCAGGCUCAGCUGUAGCCCAGGAUGGUCAUAGCCUCCUUCUCUGCCUUCAUCCUCACAUCUGUAUCCUCAACAAAUGCCCAUGGGUCACUUAGAAAGCUCCAGGCCCUGAGUUAAAUGCUGGGGCUACAGAGAUGAACCAAAGGAUCCCAGCCACUGCCACGGAGAGCUCAGGUGGGUGGCCAGGAGCCAGAAACUUUUCCUGCCCUGACCUGUCUCAAGUUUCAGCCUCCCAGAAGUUCAGUCCAUCAUCCCUUGGGGCCCCUCCCCCGUAGAUUCCCACUGCCACCCAACAUGGACCUGGCCCAGGGCUGGGUUAUGGGGCACCCAGCCUUCACCAGACUGGGGGCCUCAAACUGGAGGGACAUAUGCCCUGAGGGGCUGAGCUGCCCUGGCCUGUGUCCAGUACCCUCUGACAGGCUUGGCCACCCAGCACUGUGUCAUUCAUGCAAGAAAAAUGCACAAAGGCCCAGAAGCCAUAACUGCUGGGCACCACCACGAGGGGAUCAAGGGGCAUGUUUACACCCCGAAAAAAAAAAGAAAAGGCCUUUUUGACACCUUUGAUUUCAUGGGCUGAAAAAAAUGAGCUGUUUCAUCAAAAUAGUAAGUGCCUUCUUUGGAUCCACACUGGCCAUCAAGCUGGCCCUGCAGAAAAUGACUGUAUCCUAUAAUUAAUCAAUACAUUCUGGAGCAUGUCCAGGAUGCCACCCAGCAAAACAGGAUCUGUCCCCAACACCAGAGAGGGAGGCCUGGCCUGUCAAAACAUCCGCCUGCCCCUCCCUCCUCGUUUAACCAGCAGCCCCUUUGUAAAGACAGCUGUAGGCGCAGUCAGAAAAUCACCUGCAUUUCUUUCCACUGAAGUAAAAAUACAUGAAACAAAAUCCAAUCUUCAUGAAUUUUUACACGCAUGCUGCUCAGGCUAGAAAUUUGGGGUCGCAUUUUUGAAGGCUUUUAUUCAAAUCCGCAUCUUUGUCUCCUGGUCCACGGGUACCAGUCGCCGAUGGAAUGGCAAGGGCUCCGCCUGGUGGCCGAGGUGCGGAGCUGCCGACGCCGCAAACCUCUGCGAGGUUGAAUUCAUCCCUCCCCUCCUCCCCAAAGCUAUUUUACGCAAACUUGAAAAAUUGCUGUUCAGAUGUUUAUGUUAAAAUCACUGGGUGCUUUCUCGUGCUUUCUCCAGCGUUUCCGCGUGUGUACACCCAGCACAGUCUUGUUCGUGCACAAGCUGUGAGGGGAGCCUAAGGGACUUCCUUGGCGUGGUGAGAAAACAUGGAAUGUGAUAAGAAUGAUGAGGGUUUUGCCUGGAAAUCCCUUCUGACACAGAAACCCUGGACAAAGGUCUGGAUGGGCCAGCUUUGCGCACACUCAUUGCCAUGUCAUGACGGACUGAAACUGAUCAAACUCAACGUUGACCAUCGAGCCCCAGGACGGGUGCCAGGGUGCAGGAGGGUGAGGUCUAGGGCACAGGGCUGCAAUUAACUUCUUUUCGGCUUACUUCAGAAGCUCCAGCAGCACAGCUGGACUCUGUUUUCAGUCUGAUUGUCAUCGUCCUGAGUUCCCCAUGUUACAUUGUCCCACCAGGACAAACUUCUCAUGGCCUGCUGAGAUGAAAGAGAAACGCACAGGUUAACUGAAGCAUGAAGGAUUUAGGCUAGACGUAAAGAACUAUUCCCUAUUGUUAAGCAGAAGGGACACAUUGUCAAGAAAGUUUGUGAAGUUCUCUUCCCAAAGGACUUGAAAAGGGGAAAAGGAGUUUUCCCAGGUGGCUUGGUGGUUUCUAAUUAAUUCCUGAAAUCCUACCGGUUCACCUGCAGCAAGCACAGGGUUAACAGUAUUACCACCACAUGGCUUGGUUUUGGCAAAGAUUUCAAAGGUGGUGUGCAUCUGUGGCCCACAUCAGUUUAUCUGAGGUCUGUAAUUUCUUUUCAUUUGGAAUAAGUAGCUGGAAACCUGAAGAGGUGAUAAUUUCUCGUAAUGUGUGCACUGAGUUGUGUGGGCCAGUGGCUGUUGAAUAUGCUUUCCCCACAUUGUGUUGUUUUUCAAUAAAAUUUAUAUUCAU